AUGGCGGAAACAAAACUUGUCCCGGCUCCUGCUGCGGACUGGAAAGGCGACAGCGAUGAGAACCCCAACUUUCGGUCCCUGGGCAAAUUGUCGCCGCCAGUGAUGCGCAAGAUCGAGCCCUAUGGAGCCUCCUUCCUUGCCUACGCACGUCGCAAGCGCCAUGGACGCACUUUCAGCGAAGACGACCGUAUCCAAGCCCUGUCCAAGGUCAAGAAAUCCGAAGACGACGAUGACGGCGAGAUCAGCGAGCCAGAAGACCCAAUGAUGCUUGCCCGAGACGCAAAAGACUGGAAGGGACAAGAUCACUACGCCGUCCUCGGCCUCUCGAAAUACCGCUACAAAGCCACCGAUGAACAAAUCAAGAAAGCUCACCGCAAGAAGGUCCUGCGCCAUCACCCCGACAAGAAAGCCGCGGCCGGCCAGUCAGACGAAAACGACAGUUUCUUCAAGUGCAUUCAGCGCGCGCACGAGAUCCUCACAGACCCUGUCAAGCGCCGUCAAUGGGACUCGGUCGAUGAAGCCGCAGACGUGGAACCACCCACCAAGAAAGACAUGCAGAAAGCGGGCAAUUUCUACAAGAAGUGGAGCCCCGUCUUCCAGAGUGAGGCGAGAUUCAGCAAGAACACACCAGUGCCUAUGCUCGGCGACGAGAAUUCUACGCAGGAAGAGGUCGAGGCCUUCUACGAUUUCUGGUACAACUUCGACAGCUGGCGUACAUUCGAGUACCUGGACGAGGACGUGCCCGACGACAACGAAGGGAGAGACCACAAGCGCCACAUAGAGAAGAAAAACGCCAACGCCCGAAGGAAGCGCAAGACCGAGGAUACCGCCCGUCUCCGCAAACUUGUCGACGACUGCCUGAGCUACGACGAACGCAUCAAGAAGUUCCGCAAGGCCGCGAGUGCCAACAAGAACAAGAAGCGUCUGGAGAAGGAAGCUGCGGCGAAGCGAGAGGCCGAGGAGAAGCAGAAGGCCAAGGAAGAAGAAGAACGCAAGAAAAAGGAAGAAGAGGAGAAGGCCAAGACUGAUAGAGAGCAGUCGAAGAAGGCGAAAGAGGCUGCGAAGAACGCGGUCAAGAAGAACAAGCGUGUCGUGCGAGGAGCGGCCAAGGACGUCAACUAUUUUGCCGAAGGCGAGCCAAGCCCCAAGGCCAUCGACGAUACCCUCAAUGAUGUUGACAAGGUUUUGGCCGCCGUUGAUCCCGACGAGCUCGCGGAUCUAGUCUCCAAGUUGAACGUGGCGGGCAAGGACGCUGCGAAGGUCAAGGAGGUCUUCUCCGAGACAACUGGCGGACUGGUCGGCGCUGGCAAGCUGAAAGAGGGUGACUUGAAGGUUUUCAAGUGA